GGGGCUGAACAAUCUUUCUUUUCAGGAGUGGGAGUGGUUUGCAUUUGAUCUCACUGUGGGUUGUUCUGUGCCUUCCUUUCCUAGCUUCCAAAUGGCAGCGGAUUCUGCCUGGCAUUACCAGUUCCGGAUUAUCAUGCUGGGCGACUCCACUGUGGGCAAGUCCUCUCUCCUGAAGCGCUACGCCGAAGGGGUCUUCCUGGAGUCGACAAGUCAAACCGUAGGGAUAGAUUUUUACGUUCACUUUUUGGAGAUCAGACCUGGCCUGCGCGUCAAGCUACAGUUUUGGGAUACCGCCGGGCAAGAACGGUUCAGAUCUGUGACUCGUUCGUAUUACCGCAACUCAGCAGGUGGAAUGCUGAUGUUUGACUUGACCAACCGAGUAUCUUUUGAGAGCAUCAAGAAGUGGCAUCAGGAAGUUAUGGAGACUGUCAAGCCUUGUCAGGUGGUCUUUGUGCUGGUUGGCCACAAGAGCGACCUGGAGGCUGAACGCAAAGUUGGGCAAAAAGAGGCUGAGAAACUGGCAUCUUCGCUGGGGGCAAAGUACAUAGAAACGUCAGCUAAGACCAGCCAAAAUGUGGAGGUGGCUUUUCAGACAUUAACCUCAGUGAUCUAUGAAGCAGUGGAAAGUGGGAAGAUGAGACCAAACGAACAGUGGGAUGGAGUUAAGUGCAAGUUACCACCUGAGGCACAGCCUAAGGUACGGGAAGAGAGGAGAAAGAAAUGUUCGUGCUAGCAACAUACAAGUACUUCGGGGAAACAUGCAGGAAUUACCCAAGACCAUCUUAGAGUGCCACCCAUUUCUACCAAAACCAACAACAGUUGUGGGAGUGGCUUACUGGACAAUGUCUGCCCUAAGAACCUCUAUUUCUUAUAAGUGAUCCACAACUUAGGAGAGUAAAGAC